UUUCGAAUUUUCUUGUUUUUAGAUCAAUUUAAUGUCAUCAAUUCUUUCGCUGCUGGUGCUCGAUCUUUAUUCGUAACUGUGGCAAUGGCUGUUGUGAUUUUUUGAAAUUCCGGUGAAAUCCUGCGAGUUUUGCUUUGUGUAUGUGCGAGGAAUCAAUUACCAUGGGUCGUGGAGUAAGCAGUGGUGGUGGGCAGAGUUCUCUGGGCUACUUGUUUGGUGGUGGAGGAGAGACUGCUAACACUGCCAACACUGCCCCACCUGCUCAAAGUGAUUUGGAGACUGUAAAGGAUACAACUCCUAAGAAGCCCACUGUUACUGUUCAACCAAUUGAUAAGGAGAUUCCAGCUGGCAUUAAUGGAAAUCCUACAAACAAUUACUUCAGGGCAGAUGGGCAGAACUGUGGCAACUUUAUCACGGACCGACCUUCUACCAAGGUUCAUGCUGCCCCUGGUGGCGGAUCUUCGUUGGGUUACCUUUUUGGUGGCAGCAACAGGAACUGAAUUUUUUUUUUCAUUGCUUGAGAAUGAUGUAUCAACUGUUCAUUUGGCACAUAUAAUUCAUAGUUCAGAAACUAUGAGAAUUGUGGUUUACUCGUCCUCCUUGUGCAAUGUAAUCUGUUGCCAAUGAUAAUGGAUAUCCUUGGAUCUAAAUUUCCUCACUGAAUGCAUGUGCAUAAUGCAUUAUUGUAUUAUUUCUUAU